UUUUCUAAAGAAGAAAGUGAAGCUUUUAUAUUUUCUUUCCAUGUUUAUUGUUUUAUAUUCUUCCUCUCUUUUCAAGACAUCAGCAGGCCUCAGAAGCAGCCCUCCUGAAGCUGGAGGUCAUUUCCAAGUGAAAAAAGUACGAAAGCAACCCCUAGUGCUCCCCCAGCCUCCUUGCACCACCCAAGCCAGGGCACUGUCUUUUCUCAGUAGCCUUCCCCAGGUCAGUAGGGUGAUAGGAGACCGAAAGUUUUGGUUUUAAUUUAGAUGCAGCCCUUGAAGUAAGGGUGGCUGCUCAGAGCACUGUGCAUUGUACUCAGACAACAGAAGUCUUACAGGAAUUCAUUUUAAUCAGAACAAGGGUUUGGGCUGAAAUAUGUUUCAUUUGUCAUGUGUGUGGCCUUCUGUUCUUCAUACAACGUCAGAAUGAGAAAUCAUCCCUUUGAACUGUGUUGCUUUGUAUGAAAGGAAAACUGUUCAGGCCUUAGGUUUCCUUGCUGUGUCUGCAGUGAGGGUUGCAGGACCACCUCUGCAGCAUGCCUCGUGUGCCCUCUAGCUGCUGCAGGCUGUCUGGAGAGCUGAAAUAUCUCAGUUUUACAUAAACUUCACUUGCUGCAUUCUGGUUUUGGACACAGCAGGCAGGUUUUGAAAACAAAUUAUUGGACAAUUGCAGUUAAGGACACAGUAGAGAGCAAGUGGCUGAUUAUAGUCACUACUGCCUUGUUUGCACUGCUACUGCUGUGAUGAUCCAAUAGAAAAAACUUGUGCAUGCUGCUCAGGCAGGGAAUUUGUUGCUUUAAAAGGUAUGUGCUUAGAGUUUGAAUGUUCAGCUGAAGCAGGGGGGAGCAAUGUGUCAGCUAUGACACAUUCUGUGAAAUAGAGAGAGAUGGGGGGUUAGAAAUGCUCUGUGUGGCAGCGAGCAGCGGGUUAGGGGUUUUUGGCUCAGGUUUUUGUUACUCUGUGGACAACAGAUAGCUACCAGCCUGCAGGCACAGUUAGCUGGGGAGCUGCUGGCUCUGACUGCUUUGUGCUUUUUUCCAUCCCAAAGGAGAUUCAGUGCAACAAAAUACCACUGUAACCUCUCAGAGAUAAGCACUGGACAGCCACAUUGCUGUGACAGAGAAGAGUAGUCACACCAUGGGGUAUUGCAGGACCAACACAUUUUGUUGUCUUUUUUUAAUCAGUCUUUUUGUGUGGUUUCUUUUCUUGAAGAUAAACAUCCAUGAGCUGUACUUGUUUGUCCUGCUCCAGGGCCAUCUGUUCUUGCAGCCAGUACUGUAUCUCUGCAGUUCAUCUGGACAGGGCAUUGACGCAGACUGUGAGUGAACCCUCUCACUGCUACUAGUGGUUGCAGAGCUGUAGUCAUUCCCGUCUCAGUCAUCAUUUCACAAUUGUGCUUGGAGGUGAGGCAUAGAAUGACUGUCAGCUGCAGGCAGGACAUGUGCUGCCUGGGGGUAUGGUACUACCAGCCUGGGUGCUGCCUGCAGGAGCAAGAGCUUGAAAUUGGUCAUUUCAUAGGGUGGCAGUGCUGGAGGUAUCCAGGCAGGUUUAGGGCCUCUCAGACAGCUGUAGCUAUGGGCCCAGGUGGAGCAUAUCAGUGGUGAUGGGAUGCUGCUCAGCUGGCUGGACACCAGGAGGUAGUGAUGAUGGGGUCUCCUUUCUUGCUGUUCUGGGGAAGGCUGUGCUGCUGCUGGAAAAGUGACAUCAGCCCCCUGUUCAGCCCAUGGGCAGAGCAUGAGAGAGGUCCCUGUUGCUGUGGCUUUGUGUGCAGGCCAGGAUGGCAAGAAGGGCAGGAGGGAGCUGAAAUGGUGUUGGGCUGUAAUCUACACAACUGUUUCUCUUGCAGCUGUCUUCUGAGCCUUUUCCUUCACAAACACAAAGGGAGAGGGCCCUGUUCUUCACUUUCCCAGAGCAUGUUCAAAACCCUGUUUUUCUGGUGCUGGAGGAAAGCCUAGCUGUUGCUGCCUGACAGGAGGACAAGGCAAUAGCAGCACCAUGCUUGCAUAGUCUUCUCUUCCACCCCAGUGUCUUGACAGAAAAUAACAGAGGGACUUUGAACAAAAGGAAAUGUGACACACUUUUUGUUCCAAGCAGUCACCUUGACACUGCUGCUGUGUACCAGAACUGGCUGUCCCUUCACACCUUGCACUGGGACACUGAUACUAAAUGGGCUUUGGGGGAAACUGUCUGGACUGUGGAAUAGCAUGUGAACCAUGAAACGAAGAGAUUAAAUGCCCAUUGGGGUGGCUAAAUCUGCUAGCAUCUUCUGUUGCAAAGCAAGGUAAUUGACUGAUACUCCAAGUGCUAAAAAACCCAGAUCUGGAGAAUGCUGAGAUAGCAGUGUGAAUAUGAACCCUGCUUACUACAGGUUUGGCCAUGUCCUCGCUGCACCUGGGUGUAACGGUGGUAGUGAAUGUGCCCUAAUGUGAAAGCAGGGUCCUCACAUGUGUGCCCUGUUGAUUCACUCCAGAUGAUUAGGAAAACCUUGGAUCAUAGGCAAGAAAACUUUAAAUUGAAGCAUUUCCAGAGAGCAGCACUGGACCUUGUGGAGAGGAAGCUGUGCCAUUGUGUAUUAGGUGCCAUGGAGACAUCUCGUAAUGGUAAUACACCCGUGAACUUUUGCAAUAUGAGCCUGGAGGAAAGUGUUGGCUACAAAGAAUUCUCUUCUGCUAGGAGUUAACUUCUACCUGGGACAUGCUCGGGGUGAAACUGCUGAUGAAUAUGAUACUUAGCAACUGUGCUGCGAUAAGUUAAUUACAGAGGAACAGCCUGAUGGAUGCAGUUUGUCUUGGCUGCACUGCACAGACUUAUAAUGGGAAGAAAGGUGAUGGUAUCUUCCGAGCAGCACAGCUGAAAUACUGCUAUACUCCAGGCUAAUAUGGGAGCAAGUGCCUCCCUUUCAGUCUGUAAAUCAUUAUCUUCUAUUCAAGUCAGGCACACAACAAGUAAAGUUUCACCAGAUCCACGGUUCAGCAGAGAAAGAGCAUUUGGUGUUCCUCUAGAAGCUCUCGCAAAGAAUGCAACGCAAUGUGGAGUCCCCUCUCUUGUCACACAGAUGGUGGAGUAUCUAGAAGUAUUUGGUCUGCAGCAUGUUGGUAUAUUUCGAAUCAGUGGUUCAGUGAAUAAAAUCAAGGAACUGAAGCAGAAGUACAAUCAGGGAGAAGAAGUAGACCUCAUUAAUCAUGGAGAUGUUGAUUCUGUGGCCAGCCUUCUGAAACUGUUUUUAAAUGAACUGCCAGUGGCUGUUCUUCCAGACAACGUCUGUGCUGGCAUGCUAAAAACUUUCCAAGAGCACAGGACUGACACUACAGAGUGCAUAAAGAAUCUGAGACAGUUAAUUAGCUGCCUUCCCAAAGCACAUCAAAACCUUCUCCAGUUCCUGUCUGCAUUCCUGUUAAAGGUAGCAACGUACAGUGCAGUGAAUUGCAUGACUCUGGAAAAUUUAGCCAUUGUGUUUGGACCUGCUCUUUUCAAGAUUCCCGUCAGUCCCUUGGCUUGUGAAGAACAAAGGCUUUACAAUGGCCUCCUGCUGUAUUUGCUUCAGCACUAUGAGAUGCUUUUUGUUGAUGUGAACCCUUAUUUCUCACCAAGACAAGCAGAUGGCCUCCAGUAGCAAGAGGAAAUUGGAAAUGUCUUGGAAAAGCCAAGAGACUUGGCAUUCUAUUUCAAUGACUGUUUUAGAAGGAACUUCACUCCCUGUAAUUCUGCAGAAUGUCACAGUCUGUCUGGGCUUGUGGUGAUGUGGGAAAGAAGUAUUGUGAAAAAAAUCCUUUCAAGUUCUUUAAUAAAAGUCCAGAUGAAGCAUAGCCACGAGGCACUCUCCUGCUCUGAGGAAAAGUAUUUUUUCUGACCUUUGUAAAUUUUGUGAAAGCAUGGGCUCGUUAAACAUUAAGUUCUAAGUUUGAGUCUGGGAGCUGUCCAAACCAGAAGACUGGAUUAAAAAUGCCACACAUUGAGAAUCAGAGCAGGACUUGGAUCUCCACAGAAAUUAUGGAAUACUGGCUGGGGUGGACAAAAGGGGAAGAGAAAGAUAGAACUGCAUUCAAGGUUAAUAUUAAAUGGGCUAUAGAACAAUGCAGACAACCUGUCUCUGCGUAAUUAUUUUUUGCAAUCAAUAGGGGCAACUCAUGUAAGAAGUUGAGCAACUCGUGAAAGCUGCUGCUGCUGGAACAUCAAGCUGUUUUCUUCAAAGUGUCUGCCAGUGCCUGCAGCUUAUUCCUUCCCUGCUUUUUCAAUGCUUCAAGAUAUGCUUGGAACGAAAAACACUUUGAAGAUUCAAGUCAAAGUGUCAAGCUCAAUGCCAUUGUUGAAUAGCACCAAUACUUAAGCUCCUUGUUUACUACAGGCCUCUCUUGCUUCACUUCUGAAAACAUCAAAUACAGACUGCAACCUUGAAAAGGAGCUGGACACAAGUGGUGCACCCUGUAAUCUAUUCAAAGCCUCUUGUAUUGUAACAUUUCUGUUUCUUUGAAAUACAAAACCACAGAUCUGUUUUUUGGUUUCUAAUUUUUGGUGGAUUAUGUUUCUGGGAAUUGUCAAACAAUUUACACUGAGGUUUUCUUUGUUUGUUUUGAGAAACUGUAAGUGCUGUCUUUAGUUUUGUUCUGUUUUUCUUCUCUUGGUAAUAUACAGGGCUUUCGUUUUAUGUUUGUAUUAUCAACACAUUGCUUGAGAAUGCGCUUACGUUAAUAGUUCUGGAUAGCAAAUUACCAAAGGAAAUACUACAUGCUAUAAUGCUGUUGUUAUGUACAAUGUAUACUAUGUUUAUAUUCUAUGCUAAUUAUACUAUUCCUUUUACAAUAUAGUAAUUUAUUAGUAAUUGCAGUGAAUUGUUAGUUUGUAACACUUUGAAAACUAAGUAA